CAAACAACCGUGACCAUUGCUAAUUACUCAAUAUUAAACUGAUUUAUUUAUGAUCCAACAUUUACAUUGGUGUCGCUGUAUGAACCACUGUGGGUAGUCUACUGAUCGAUACUAAUCUGUGAUUGCUGUAAAAUCUUUGUUCACAAUGGAUUAUCAAUUAAACGACUAUAUGAAUUCAACAAUCUUGGACUACGAUGCACCCGAAAAUGAAAAUGAGAAGAACAUUCCUCUUUUAAUCCUGCAAAUCAUUAUGGCAGUUCUGAUUACAAUUUUUAACGGCCUAGUCAUUUUAGCCAUUUCGUUAAAUCCCGAACUUCGCAACAAAUCAAAAUAUUUCUUAAUUUUGAUUUUAUCCAUUUGUGAUUUUCUGCUUGGACUGGUUUUGUUGCCGAUUUCUGCUCAUUUGGUUUAUUUCGUAGGAGCCAUGUCAAACUACUGCAAUGUCACUCUCUUGUUGGUAACACAAGUUGGAUUCAUGUACGAAAUUUCAAUUAGCAUCCUUCUAGUUGGUGCUAUUUGUAUUGACUGGAUAACAAAGAUGACAGUAUCUAAUUAUCAAGAGAAGACACGUUACCAACUGGCUGUAUUUAUGGCUUUAUAUAUCUGUAUUGAAACUGUCCUAAUUCUGGGUGCCGUAAUGUUUCCAAAUAUUGAAACAUCUUUGUAUCCCUGCUUUUUGACUUUCAAAAGCCCAUAUGACAUCAUAAUUUUUUGUUUAUCUGAAAUACCGCAUAUAUUAUUCCUUUUAAUAACUACUUUAUUGUUGAUUGUAACCUUUUUCAAUACAAGAACGUCCGCUAUUUCAGAUGUUCCGUCUGACAUCAUUUUUGCUUCAAUAAUAACCAUUAUUUGUGAGGUACCAGCCAUUCUCAUUUAUUUACUACAAUAUUUUGAUGUUGUACGUUAUAUACCGGCAUUGUAUCAGACUUCAAUUUUUUGCUCUUAUGCAAGACGCUUCAUUUUGCCAGUAUUAUGGUUGGUUAACACAUAUAGCCGUAAAGAAAUGAUUAAAAGUUUGACUAAAAUAAUCAGAUGUAAAAAUUCUGUUAACAUGAAUAUUGAAAUGUCUGAAAACAUAACACAUGAAACCAAAUAAGACGCUAGACGCUGAUCAUUAUUACAGAUAGUUCAAUUAGUCAAACAUAAUCUAUGCGACUAUAUAUAGAACACAUUUCUGAUAAAAGACAAUAUUACACCUUUCAUUAUUUUAUAAACAGUCUCCGAUAAAGGGGUGUGAAUACUUUAUUUAUACCCCUACUCCCUAUAAUGGCCUGCUUGUUUAAAGAUACAUUAUGGGAGAUUAGAUAAAGAAUUGACUGUUCUCUUUAUAAUAGUUAAAAAAAAAUAGAUAACUUAAAUAGAAGGUAUUUAAAAUUUCAGUCAAAUUAGGACAAUAAAAUGUCAUUUUAUGGAAUAGUUAUAGAGUUUGUUUCGAGUUUGGGCCUAACAAUAAGCCAUUUCGAUUUUGUAUUUCAUUUGGAGAUAAAAUUACUCAUAAUAAAAUUUUCAGAUGUAGUGGAGAGGUCUGGCUGUGCGGGCCGUAGUUUGCCCACCAUUGGAUUAUGGGGUAAUAACCUAAUAAUAACUUUAACAUUUACGUGUACUUCCAUGUAAAUACCAUCAAAACCCCGAAAGGUCAAAUCAGUAAUACUGGAAAUUAACAUUCUCACGUACUACAAGAGGUAUGGAGUCAUUAUCACACACGGGUAACAUGUAUUAUCUCGACAACAUAAAAGACAACUUUGUUAUAAAUACAAGUCUAAGAUAAUUCAACUUUUAGAAAUUUAUGAUGUUUUGAUAAGUAAUCUCGAUAAGGAAAUACAUUAGACUUAUAUUUUGUCAUGUAUCAAAAGCGUUUGGCAUAUAGAUUUUUUGACUUAAUUAGAAACUUAGAAACUUAGAACCAUAUGGAAUUAAUAAAAUAUUAUGCAUGUAAAUGGACUGAACACCAAUUAAGUAAUAGACAACAAUGCAUAUAGGAGGUUUUAAAUCAAAUUAUUUACAUGCCGGUACUUAUUCUGGAGUCUCGAGUGGUCGUUAAACCUCAUCUCUCAUUUAAUAUUUUACUAAUAACAUACGACUUUUCGCCGAUGAUACAUCACUUUUUUACCAUUAUUCAUAAUAAUUCGCUAAGUAGAAAAAGUCCGUGCAUUACCAUGCUUUUAUAUAGAAUGAAUAAAAACAAGAGAAUGUACGGACUAUUUCUAUUUUUCUCGUUUUCCCUUAUCUAGCGACAUUCAAUUACUUUUUUGAAUUAUCAGAUAUCCUUACACAGCCUCACAUAACAUUUGAUCUUCGAAGGAAUUAUUAGUGAGCAGAAAUUCGCCCGUGUAUCUGUUAUCACUCGUCAAUUUCAGUCAGUUAUAUAGAAGGAUAACUCGUGUUUUCCUUUUAUAUCGACACUUACCUUUCUUGCUUAGAGAUGAAAUAACAUAUGUUAUUCACGACAAAACGACAAAUGUUCUAUUUAUUUUAUGAUUUUACAAUCAUAGCCAGUGGAAUAACACAUUUUAUUUCACUGAUAAAACGUGGUAUUCCACUACUGAUCAUAAAAUAAAAUGUUUUAUUUCAUUCUAUAAUGCACUGAAUUCUGGUAUUUUAGGGGAUAAACGGUGUAAUGACCAGGAAUUUACAGAUAAUUUCUGUUUGCAAAUGCAACGAUAAGUAACCGUAUAUACAUAUAUAAUCAUUUAUAAUAAUUAUCGUGUUAUAGUAUUCAUUUCAAUUCAUUAACCAUCAUAUUUUGUAAACUUUGGUAUAUUACAUGUCAUGUAUAACUAAUUUUCAUUAUUUAUAAGAUCUAUAAAUUAAUGUAUUGUCAAUGGAUAAUUCAAUGAAAUUUUUAUGCUCAGGAAACAAAAAUUACCAGGAUUUUUAUUUCUGUAAUUGAAAAUGGAAUUUAUGUUAAUUGAAGGAAUUUCUGUAAAUUACAGGAAAAACUAAUACGGAUAAAAUUUUCCUGGUAAUUUUUGUUUCCGGAAUUUUUUACGUUUUUUCACUGAUUUUGUUUGUACAGUGUACACCACCUUAAUCAAAAUGUUUUAGUAGAUCUAGGGUUAUAUGGCAACCCCGAUCUUACAGCAGAUAGAAAUUCUAAUAUAUUCGAAAUAGUGCCAAAAUACAUAUAAAAAAUAUAGAAAGAUAUUCUUACAUUUUAUACAAUGCAAUAGUUUUUCUGUUUUUUUCUUAUACUUAGAAGGAUACCCGGCUUCGCCCCGGGCCUAAAUUUGCACAGUGCCCAAAUUCCCCAGGGGCUUAAUAUGCCCCGGGCCCAAAUUGGUUCGAGGUCCAAAUUCGCACUGGGACCAGUUCGCCCAGGGCCCAAAUUCACCCAGGUCCAAUUCUUACAUUUUAUACAAUGCAAUAGUUUUUCUGUUUUUUUCUUAUACUUAGAAGGAUACCCGGCUUCGCCCCGGGCCUAAAUUUGCACAGUGCCCAAAUUCCCCAGGGGCUUAAUAUGCCCCGGGCCCAAAUUGGUUCGAGGUCCAAAUUCGCACUGGGACCAGUUCGCCCAGGGCCCAAAUUCACCCAGGUCCAAUUUGCCCUGGAUUUUAAUUUAAUAUAGAUAUAACAUCAAAAUGUAAUAUAUAAAAAUUAUCCUAACAUAUUAUGCAUGUAGCUCACUGUUCACCGUUGCUUAUUGUAAAUAUAUCUUUAUUUAUCUAUUUCAUAUUUUUGGAGAGAACUUGUAUAAGCUCUUGCAUGUUGUUCAAUCCAAUUCAGUUUAAGGAAUAAAAUAUUGUUUAACCUAUUA